CAAACAGCGAAAACUCACGGUCUCUCUCAGUCUUCUUUGCCAUUGUCUUAUACAUUCCUUUGAUUUGGGAUUGUUGUGCUACUACACUCCUUUGUAUCAUUGUUUGAUCUCAAUUGUUGUGUUUGCAUACGUAUUAAUCACGGCCAUUUGGCUAGCACACACUCUCUCUUCUCUUACAACCCAUCUCACUCGUGAAGUGCCCGACAUCGAGCCAUCCAUCUCAUAAUACACACAUCUGUUCGCCUUAGCAGCUACCACUGCCAUCAAGAAGAAAGAAAAGAAAAUGGCACCCCACGGACUCCUCGGCGCAACCUUCGUCUGCGCGCGCAUCAUCCAGCUCUGCUCACUCAUCGCCAUAAUCGGAUUAACAGCGAACUUCAUCGCCGAGAUUGUCUCCAACGGCGCCACGCCCCCAGCCAUCUUCAUCGGGACAAUCACAGUGACCAGCAUCGCAGUAAUAUACAGCUUCAUCACAACAAUCCUCUUCCUCGACAACAUCCUACACUUCCUAAUCUCCGCCAUCCUCGACACCCUCCUCCUCAUCGCCGUGAUCGUGGUAUCAGUCAUCAUCGGGAAGCCACUAUCCUAUCUGCAAUGCAACAAGCUCAGCAGCGACGGGUCAAGCGGAUCAUCGGCGUAUACGUUUGCCACGCAUCUGAGCAGUUAUUUGGAGGAUCUGAAUGGCGGGACUGUGGACUAUACGGCCUGGAUUGGAGCGAGUAAGUCGGUGUGUUUGGAGGCGAAGUCCAUUUGGGGGUUGUGUAUUGCUAUGUGUAUCAUGUUCUUCUUCUCAGGCGUUUGCGGACUCGUUCUUUGGAGACAGAAGAAGGCGGCGGGUGUGGAGAAAUUGGAUGGUUAGACGAUGGACAAUGGUGACGAUGGGCGCUGAUAAUGCUAAUGUUGAUGUUGA